AUGAACCCUUCAAAAGAACCAUCUACCCACGCCCUAUCCAUCAACAUCUACGGGCGCGGCGAUGCCACCCUCGGCGACAGCCCUUCCCACAUGGGCAUAGCCGUAUACGAGAUCGGCGCGUCAACCUGCCAAAUGCACCACAUCCGUAACCCCACCGACGAAUACUUCAUCUACGAUCCACGUGUCCAGCCUUUGCAAGAUGACCCUGUCCUGCGAGGACGUUGUGAGCUGAUCACCUUCCGACAGGAAGAAACUGAACAUGUGAACAACUUACUCUCCGCGUUUGGAAACGACGCAUCUAAUAUCCCUGAAUUCGGUGUGGGUAAUUGCCAGGAUUGGGUGGCGGGUGCGGUGGCGAUGCUUGAGGAUGCUGGUGUGUUAGGGACUGGGGAGGGGGCAUUCUGGAAGAGUAUGAUUAAUGAGGGCGCAGAGAGUAUUAAGCGUGCAUGUGGGGAUUCGGGGAGGAAGUGGAUUGAUGGGCCGGAGGUGGUGUUUGCGGGGGAGCCGGAUGCGAGAUUUAGGGAUGAAAGGAAUAAGAAGGAAGUAGGGAAGUUGAAGGAUAAUGAGGCUUUUCGGGAGAGAAUGCAGGUAUUAAUGGGGAAGAGUAGUGGUGGUGGUAGUAGUGAUAAUGGGGAAGGAGGGAAGGGUGGUGUCGCUGAGAGACCGUUUUAUGUUUCAAGUCCGUUUUUCAGUCAGACAAAUAGACGUGGAUAG